GUCCCGGCUUGGUCCCGGCCGGCUCCAGGCGUUCUAUUGAAUAGGACGUGAUAAAGUAUAGUCGUUGUCCGCUCCAUGUGAAACUAGCGAAAUAAAUAGUUUAUUUUCUGCUGUGUUAAUUAAAACAAAUUUAAAAAUGAAAAACUCGUCUUAUAGUAGCCAGGUAUUUCUUUUAAUUGUAGUUUUCGGGAACUUGUUUUGUUACGAUCAUCAAGGAGCGACAAUGCCGCGAGUCUUAAUAUCCGUUUUAUCUGAAAGCAAGGGGCAUACAUUGCCGUAUUUUUUAAGUUGCCUCGAGAACUUGGAAUACCCCAAAGAGUGCAUCGAUGUUUGGAUUAAAGCUGAGGACACUCACGAGGAAAGUCUGCAGAUUAUACAGGAUUGGGCCGAGAGGAACGAGCCCCUUUACAACGACAUCCAAAUACAUUUCAAUAUAACAGCUCCCCCCGAAAUACACGAACCCUACGACGAGCCCAACUCGGCUACUAGGAAGGACCGACAUCUUAUCGACGUACGAGAGGAGGCCUUGACCUACGCCAGAACUACGGAUAAUGACUAUGUCUUCAUGUUGGACGCCGACGUGUUCUUAACGGAAGCGGAUACGCUGAUGCUUCUUGUAAUGCGGAGAUACGCCGCAGUCGCGCCUAUGCUCGUCUCAGACGAAGCGUAUUCCAAUUUCUGGUUGAGCUGGUCAAAAGAUUUAAACGAAGAGGACACAAAGACAUACAUGCACCUAGUUAAAAGGGAACGCAGGUUUCUCGGCUGCUGUCAACCACCGUUGGUUUUCUCCGCUGUCCUUAUAUCAUUGAAACACCACUUGACCAAGUACAUCACCUACGACCCGAAGAAUAUCAGCCAUUAUGAAGGACCGGAAAAUCACGUGGCCGCAUUCGCCGAGUCCGCUAAACGAGCAGCUUACUACAUCAAUAUAUGUCUCACAGGCAUCAAGGCCCGGCUCUGCAACGACAUUUUCUUCGGCUAUAUCUUAGCUCCCGCUGACACUUUAGCCGAGAGUCAACAGAAACUAGUCGAUCUGAAGUUAGAUGCCAUACGCCGUGAGAAGCCCAUACCCUUGCACCCUACACUGGAGGGCUUUGUUUCAUAUCCCAAAAGGUCAAAACUAUUUUGCGACAACAUCUACAUGAUAAACUUGAAUCGACGCCCAGAGAGAAAGAAUAUGAUGUUGUUAAAUUUUAAAGAACUAGGAAUGGAGGUUAUGAGGGUACCCGCUGUGGACGGGACUAUGCUGAACCACAGAAUUCUAAAGACCCUGAAAAUUACUCUGAUGAAAAACUACGAAGACCCCUACCAUAAAAGGCCGAUGAAAGCCGGAGAAGUGGGUUGUUUUCUAAGCCACUAUAAUAUCUGGAAGACGAUCGUCCAGAAACAGUACAAGCUGACGAUGGUUCUAGAAGACGACGUACAUUUCAAGCCCCGAUUUAGGGAAAACUUCGCGCAGAUACUGUCGGAGACCAGGGACGUGGAUUAUGACUUCAUAUACCUGGGCCGGAAGAUCCUGAUGGAGGCAGAGGAGGAGAUAGUCACCCCCCACACGACUAAGCCACUAUACUCGUACUGGACUGUUGGCUAUAUAAUAACCUACCGCGGAGCUAAAAAAUUACUGGACGCCAAACCCCUGCAAAAAAUGUUGCCUGUAGAUGAAUAUAUACCAAUUAUGUUUGAUUCUCACCCCAAUUCGACCUGGAAGUCCUACUUCCCAAACCGUAACCUGAUAGCUCUGUCAGCGAACCCGCUACUGAUCUACCCCACUCACUACGUCGGCAUGCCGGGCUACAUCAGCGACACUGAAGUGUCCUACAUCCUUGAUCUAAAGAACAUGAGAUCCAACCCCGAUGUAGCUAAAAAACCAUAAGAACCAGCAUGAGGCAUAACUCGGCAAACCAGAACGGACCCCCA